AUGGCAAAUACAUCACAUUCAGAGGCGGAUAUACAUGAAAGGGCUACAACGAACCACAAAGAGCAUGUCAAGGAUAGUGGAGUGCGCUGGGGAUUACAGCUUCAUAAACUCUCCAUAAGGGAUUUCACAGACUCUCCUGCCCUGUCAUCAAUUAAUACUGGAGUGGUUGAAAUCAUGGUUCUGCAUGCCUGUGAUAAAUGCAUCUAUUCAAAGACAAAAUGGCUUCUUGCAAUGGACAUGGGACGCAAUGCUUUACAACAUAUGCAUCCUGGUAUGCAGCAGCUAUUGCCUCAAGAAGACGUACAGAUUGUUUUGGAAAAUUUGUCUGGGAAAGAUAUUUCCAAUGUUCCAGACUACAGCAACAUUGAUCCUACGCUGAACGAUAUGGCAUUGGCAACGCAUCAUCAAACUGCAGUGUUUUCUCGGCUACUUUUAAGGUAUAAUUUAUGGGAGGCUAUUGCAGAUUCAGAUUAUCCCAAUGUGCCCAAACAGCCUGGUGAUGCAGUAGAUUGGAAAAUGUGUUCUUUUACGAUGCUACGCAAACGUUUGGCAGACCAUUUUGCGACUCAAUCCAAACCACUCUCUCUCCUCGAUAUCAACAAAGUAGCCAUACAACCAUCACAUCAUUCCAAAUCAAUCCCUUCUAGAACUAGUAUUGUGAGACAUGGUCAAGCUCAUCGCGAUCGAUCGCACACCUCUGUAUACUUGCAGCCUGAUGUCUCGGAAGUUAUACCGAUCCAGCAGCAACGCGAUGCAACCGAGGUUCACCCAUACACAGAGCCCACCAGUGCUUUAAACUCCCCGUUUACUCCUCUGACACAUGAUAUAUUGCAAGCAAAUCUGUCCACUCUGUCACCCAUAACAUCUACUCUAUCUUCACUAGAGCAUGCGCAACCUAACAAACCAACCGCGCCAGGUUAA